ACCUAACACCAUAUUUCUUUCCAUCAAUCUUUCAGUUUUGCAGCACUUCUCCCUCUUCUUUGAGGGUUUCUUUUCUUUUUUCUUUUUUUUCUUUUCCUUUUUUUUUUCUUUUUCAAUUUUCUUCUUUUCAAUCAAAACCCUAAUUACCCCUUCAAAUUUCCUUUAUCUUUUUUUUUUUACUAUUUAAAUUUCCUAUCUUUGCAUUUGUUAUUAUUUAGAAAAUGAUGCAACAGCAAAGAUUGAAACAACAACAACAACAAGCAUUGAUGCAACAAUCACUUUAUCAUCCUGGUCUUUUAGCACCCCCUCAGAUAGAGCCCAUCUUGAGUGGAAAUCUGCCUCCUGGAUUUGAUUCAAGUACUUGCAGGAGUGUGUAUGUCGGAAACAUCCAUUCACAAGUCACACAACCACUUCUUCAAGAGGUUUUCUCAAGCACCGGUCCCCUUGAGGGAUGCAAACUCAUAAGAAAAGAUAAGUCAUCCUAUGGUUUUGUGGAUUACUUUGAUCGCCGGUCAGCUGCGCUUGCUAUUGUGACACUUAAUGGGAGGCACUUGUUUGGGCAGCCUAUAAAAGUUAACUGGGCGUAUGCCAGUGCUCAAAGAGAGGACACAUCAAAUCAUUUUAACAUAUUUGUGGGUGAUCUUAGUCCGGAGGUUACAGAUGCCACAUUGUUUGCAUGCUUUUCAGUAUACCCUGGCUGCUCAGAUGCAAGAGUGAUGUGGGAUCAGAAAACAGGCCGUUCAAGGGGGUUUGGGUUUGUUUCCUUUCGUAACCAGCAGGAAGCGCAAAGUGCAAUAAACGAUAUGAAUGGAAAGUGGCUUGGAAGCAGACAAAUCCGCUGCAACUGGGCAGCAAAAGGUGCUGGAGCCAAUGAUGAUAUGCAGAGUUCAGAUGCCAAAAGUGUUGUUGAGUUGACAGCUGCAACAUCAGAUGAUGGUCAAGAGAAGGCCAACGAAGACGCUCCGGAAAAUAAUCCCCAGUAUACAACUGUUUAUGUUGGCAACCUUGCUCAGGAAGUCACUUCAGUUGACCUCCAUCGUCAUUUUCACACUCUUGGGGCUGGUGUUAUUGAAGAUGUCCGUAUUCAACGAGACAAAGGUUUUGGUUUUGUAAGAUACAGCAGUCAUGCUGAAGCAGCUCGAGCUAUUCAGUUGGGAAAUGCCCGAAUCCUUUUUGGUAAACCUGUUAAGUGCUCGUGGGGAAGCAAGGCUACUCCACCAGGAAGCAGCUCAAACCCUCUACCACCUCCUGCUAUCGGACAAGUCCCCGGUUUUUCAGCAAUGGAUCUCGCAGCAUACGAGAGGCAGAUUGCUUUGGCUAAGAUGGCUAGUGCACAGGCUCUCAUGCAUCCUCAGGGCCAGCGAAUUGGCGCUCCUAGUCAGGCUAUGUAUGAUGGUGGCUAUGGAAGCAUUGCUUCAGCGCAACCACCAAUGUACUACUAGUUGAGAUUCAAUAAAAGCAACUUUGUAAACACCACCUGUUGUUGCUACUUCACUGCUAUUUUAAUUUAUAGGAUCCUUUUGUUUUCCUAUUUAUUGUUAGUUUUUCAGCUUCCUUUUAUAAUACCUUCAGCAUGUAUGGAUAUAUAGUUUGUAUUCUGUUUGAGAAUGAAGGUUAUUUUUAGCUAA